AAUAACAUACAGUUCGAGAGUAGACCUUCUACAACAGAAUCAGCCCAAUCAGAAAGUCAUGCAGAAAGUCACAUUGAUAUGACUAUGAGCAGAGUAGCUGAGAAAACACCUACUGAGGUUGAUGAUGUAAAGUUUGAAGAUAAUCAGGUCAUAUUUGAGGGUGGAAGUCUUGUAUCAAGUAGAGUCUCUACUGCAACAUCAAGUAACAUCUCCAGAAAGUCGAGCAGAGCAAGUACUUCACUUAAAGAUCAACAGCAAGAGAAAAUGACGAAAGUGGAUGACAAUGAUUCAGCAGCUGAUACAAGUGAUGAUAAUCUUGCAAAAUCAAUGGAUGGAAAUAUUGAGGACUCCAGUGAUGGAUUAAGUGAUGAUGAGGAAAGAGAUGAAAGAUGUUCCCUGUUGGGAACACAUUCAAGGGAACAACUUUUGGGAGAAGCUGAAGAUGGUAAUGAGGCUAGCUCUGAAAAUAAACCAUCAUGUGAGGAGCCUACUUUGACAGAACUGAGUGGAGAUGAUGAACAAACUCUGUUUGAUAUAUCCAGCAGAACAAACUCAAAACCUCCAAGCAAUGAAGCAUCUCGUGAACAUACUGCAUUGGGUUUUAAUAGUCCACUUUCCUCAACAGAUUCUAGUACCUCAAACAUGGCUUCUGCAGUCAAUGUUAAAGUUGACACCUCAGAUGAUU